UCAUAUUUUAAUAACUUAAUUUUAUGUUAUCGGUUUUCUUCGUGAGAUCGACUUUUCGGAAUUAAUUGUAUAUGAUUGCAGACCAGUUAACGUUUUACAUCUUGCGUGACCCGGAAACAUGUCAAACAGCAGCACGAAUUCUCCAUUAACUUAUUACCAGACAUGCAGCGACUACACUGCUUGGUUGUAUUCAGUUUCAGAUCCUCGAGUGGCAAGCUGGCCAUUGAUGUCCUCCCACUGGCCUGUGCUAGCUAUUAUUUGCGGCUAUCUUGCAUUUCUGAAGUAUGCACCAAAGUGGAUGAAGCAACGAGAUGCAUUUAAACUAAACAACACAAUGAUUGUUUACAAUCUUGGGAUAGCUUGUCUCAAUCUCUACAUAUGCAAAGAGACGUAUUUGGCUGCAACGAAUCUGGGUUACAGUUAUGUUUGCCAGAAAGUGGUUUACUCUCUACAUCCGGAAGAAAUUCGGAUGGCAAAAGCAAUAUGGUGGUUCUUCAUGUCCAAAAUCGUAGAACUGACGGACACGGUAUUUUUGAUCGCAAGAAAGAAGACGAAUCAGUUGUCGUUUCUGCACAUACCAUCAUGAUACCAUCAUGCUACCAUGGUCUUGUUCUGGUGGAUCGGCUCCAAAUGGGUGGCUGGAGGUUCCGCCUUUUUCCCGGCAAUGACCAACUCCGCAGUUCAUGUUUUGAUGUAUUCGUACUAUGGAUUAGCCGCAUUUGGACCGACCAUUCGGGCAUUUUUAUGGUGGAAACCGUAUUUGACACAAAUUCAAAUGAUGCAGUUUGUGGCCGGUCUCUACUUCGGUGUGCAAUCCUUCUACGUUACCUGCGAAUUUCCCCUUUGGAUGAAAUGUGCCUUCAUUGCUUAUAUGGCUUCGUUGUUAGCUUUAUUUGCAAAUUUUUACAAUCGCAAGUACAAAAAGCAGACAAACGAUCAAAAUCGAGCUAAAUAAGUACUAGUAAAUGCAUCCCUUAAAGUUCUUCAUGAUCACGACCAAAUUUGUUUUAUAAUACUCGUGCGUUGUCUGCAUAAAAUCGA